GAAGAAAUCACCAACAUUGUCAAGCAUGCCGUACAGUCUUACAAAGACCUGCCGCUCCGGCUGUAUCAAGUGUCGAGGAAAUACCGGGACGAGGCCCGCCCCAGGCAAGGAUUACUUCGAGGCAGGGAGUUCAUCAUGAAAGAUCUCUACACUUUUGACUUGACCGAGGAACAUGCUAUGGAGACAUAUCAAGCUGUGCAGAAGGCGUACAAGGCCUUCUUUGACCAGCUGAACCUUCCAUAUCUGGUGGCGACUGCGGAUUCUGGUAAUAUGGGUGGCAACCACAGCCACGAGUACCACUUCGCGUCUCAGAGAGGCGAAGACACAGUCAUCAAAUGCAGCGCUUGCAGAAUGUCUGUAAAUGAGGAGCUUUACGUCGGCAAGCACGACGCAACGUCAGAGCCUCUAGACGUCAAGCAUGAUCUCGCUAUAUGGGCUGGUCCCAUCCUCCGUAAGCUGGAAAAGAAGUUACCAAAGCCGCGGUCUGAAGAAGAAGCCGCACAAUUUGAGCAGAUCUAUGGUCAAGCUUGGUCGAAGUAUGAGGCCGCCUACACUCUUGACGCGUCCGCGCGGACUGCUGGCGGCCGUGUUGACUCGAUCUUGAAGGUGUACUAUCCUCAAGACUGUGAGCUGAACUUGCAUGCUAUCAAGAGACUUCAUCCAAAUAUUGAGACGAGCAAUGCUGAUGCUCAGAUGUGGCUCGAUGCCCGUCAAGAGCAUUGCAUCCACAUUCGUGACCCUAGGAUAUCUGAGUCCCAGUGCUAUCUUCCUGACGUUGAUUACUCUGGUUCGGAGCCGCCGAGAAUUGCAGAAGCACCAUUCCUCCUCACAAAAGCUCGAGAAAAUGACCCGUGUCCAGAUUGUGGAUCUAGGGCCCUUCAAUUACAUCAAGCCAUCGAGAUAGGCCACACCUUCCAUCUCGGCUCACGAUAUAGUGAACCACUGGAAGCGACGAUCAAAGACGCCAGCAACGAAACCAUCGCCAUUGAGAUGGGCUGUCACGGUGUCGGCGUCUCCCGAUUAGUCGGAGCAAUGGCCACAAUGCUCGCGGACGCCAAGGGCUUGAAUUGGCCUGUCGUUAUUGCUCCAUUCGCGAUGGUGCUGGUCGGCACGGGCAGUAGUUCAGCAGAUGAAGUGGUCGAACUGUACGACUAUGUCAUGCAUCACCUCCGGGAAAUGUCGGGAACAAUGGAGUUUGAUGCUGUAAUUGACGAUCGAGAAAGACCCCUAGGCUGGAAGCUCAACGAUGCAGACUUGAUUGGCUAUCCCUUCAUAGUCAUACUCGGCAAAGCAUGGAAGGAUCGAAAGGCAGUGGAACUGCAAUCGCGUCGUUUGAGUAUCAAAGAGGAAGUUGGAGUGGAGGAUCUCGCCCAGAGGAUCAUCUCAUACAGCCGGAAGUUAUGA